AUGGCUCAAGACUCCCACCCUCAGCGAAUCGCCAUGCUGGGCGCGACCCGUGGCUGUGGCCUCGAGGCGCUCCUGAUCCUCCUCCAGCACACCAACACCACCGUGCACGUCCUCGUGCGCGAUCCCUCGGCCUUCCGCGCUGCCCUCAGCGAGCGUCUGCCCAGCGCGGCCGAAUACGAGUCCAAGGGCCGCCUCGUCGUCGCCAAGGGCGAUGCAAUGGUCACGUCCGACGUCGUUUCCUUUCUCACUGCGGCUCAAGAGGACCUCACCCACGUCGUCACGUCCCUCGGCGCCAAGCCAGUCAUCAGCGGACUGACUGCGCUCUUCAAGCCCGUCCAGCUGUCGCAGCCCGACAUUUGCCAACGGACGAUGGCAGUGUUGCUCGAUGCGCUGCGCCAGCUCAAAGAGGUGCCUCACCUCGUUGUCGUGAGCUCAAACGGCAUCGCAAAGCAAAGCCACAGCAAGCUCCCGCUUGCGCUCAAGCCACUCUAUGGCUACUACCUGCGCGUAGCACACGACGACAAGCACGAGAUGGAGACGAAGAUCCACAGCGCAUACGGCCUGCAAUCUCCCGCCUUCAACCCAUCUCCACGCAAGGCGGCAGCAGCAAGCGAGACGGCCAAGCUGGACCCGUCCAAGCUGACAAUCGUGCGGCCUUCGCUCCUCACAGACGGAGCAGCACGUGGCAAGAUCCGUGCAUCGACCAACGGCAUGGACCUCCGGUCGGCAUACACGGCCUCGCGGGCCGACGUGGGUCUCUUCCUCGUCGAUCAGGUCAUCCGACCCGCAAAGACGACCUCGGACGCUCCUCACAUCGACGUCCAAUUCGAAGCCGGCGGCCGUCCUUCCGAUGCCGUGAGCAUCAAGGACGGUAGCAAGUGGGAGCAGGGCAUUGUGCUCGCCUACUGA